AUGUAUGAGAGUCUUGGAAUCACUGGCAAAACGAAUCUACUUGUCGCAGGAAUCUACAACUGCACAGGCCCUCUUGCAAAUUUAGUCUCUAUUAUAUUGAUCUCGGAUAAAAUCGGUCGAAAAGGGCCUCUGAUUUAUGGUAUCAUUGCCAUUUCUAUCGCUCUGGUUCUGGAGAGCGUUGUCAACAGCCAAAAACGUCAACGGCACCCACCAUGGCCUCAGUAUCGCUGGCGUUGCUUUCUUGUUUUGCGUCACGGUUAUCUUUUCGCUGUCCUUUGGCCCUGUGUUGGUAACUGGCUUGUUUCUACCUUUUGGAACCAAGUCAGUCCCCUGGCACUCAGAGAGCUGGGCUGGAGGUUUUACUUUCUCUUCGUUGCGUUCAACAUUGUUGUCACUCUGCCUACUCUCAUCUUCGCUUUCCGAGAGACAAAGGGUCUGUCUCUCGAGGAAAUCGAUCUCUUGUUUGGAGACCGAGCACUCGGAAACCUCCCGGCUGAUAUCGAAAAGGAUGGCGGUGCCGUUGCUGUAACUAACUCGCAUGGUGAGAGGCCUAAGCGGGAACUAUAG